AUGGCUGAUGUACCCCCACCUACCCCCUCCGAGCUUCUCCGGAUGGUUACCGAGCUUCAACAAGCAAACCAGCAGAUGGCUGAAGCAAAUCAACGUAUGAUGGAAGAGAAUCGAAGGAUGCAACAACAAAUUCAGCAAUUGGCCAAUGAUCGCAUCCAACACAACAAUGAGUCCCGUGAGCGACAGGAGAAUGAUGAACGGCAAUCCGCGCCGACGCACAUCUCGGAAACACCUCAAGAUGAUGAAGGAGGCGGCCAUCACAAUAAUGAAACCCCUCCCGAAGACGAGGAUAAUGAGCCCGACAACUCUGCAGGGCCAUUCACAACUGACAUAAUGAACUUUCAACUUCCUCGACAGUUCACCCUGCCCACAACGUUAACGCCCUAUGAUGGUUUGGGUGAUCCGAAGCAACAUGUCAAAAAGUUCCGAUCUAUUAUGAUCGUUAAUGGUGCAUCCGAUCCUAUUUUGUGCCGAUGUUUUCCCUCUUUUCUAGAUGGUCCUGCACUUGACUGGUUUUGUUCUUUGCCUGCAGAUUCCAUCUCGCGUUUUCAAGAACUGGCGAAACAAUUCGAAGACCACUUCGCGGCAUCGGCGAUAUAUUUACACGACUCAGACUAUUUGACUACCGUUAAACAAGGUCCUCAGGAAAGUCUGAAGGACUACAUCACCCGCUUCACCAAGAUCGCCAUGAAAAUCCCGGACCUUCACCCGGAGGUCCACUUACAUGCAAUCAAAAGCGGCUUACGCCCAGGGAAGUUCCAAGAAACCAUUGCCGUAUCAAAACCGAAGACACUCGCCGAGUUUCGUGAGAAGGCCAAAGGACAGAUCGACAUCGAAGAGCUUCGUCAAGCCAGGAAAACUGAAAAGUCGGCAACUAUCAAGGAUGACGAUAAACCUCGGGAUGGCAAGAAGACUUUUAAGCCUACCCCGCGAUAUGACUCAUACACGCAGUUCAACGCAAAAAGGGACGACAUUAUCAAGGAAAUACUGAAUUCUAAGUUGAUCAAACCACCUCGAAAGGCUGGCAGUUACCCUGAACCGAAAAACGUCGAUAAAACAAAGUACUGCACAUUUCAUCAGAAGUAUGGUCAUACAACUGAUGAAUGCAUCAUCGCCAAAGACCUCCUUGAACGUCUGGCGAGACAGGGACAUCUUGACAAGUACAUUGCAGGGCAUAUACAGAAAAGAAAUAUCCCCACGCCGGAUCCAUCUCCUAUAGGGUCGUCAUCCAAAGACAAAGAAAAGGCUCCAGCCCAACCACGAGGCAUCAUAAAUUGUAUCUCCGGAGGAUAUGCUGGUGGCGGGUCAACAAGCUCGGCCAGAAAGCGCACUUACAGAGCAAUGCUGACUGUCGGGGAUACCACCAACAAUGCUCGGCCUGUACAAGACGUGCCAGAAAUGAUUUUCCACCCAACCGACUAUCAUUCCACCGACACAAACUUAGAUGACCCUGUGGUUAUCUCUCUUCAAUUAGGGGACUUAAUAGUUCGGAAAGUACUGCUGGAUCCAGGCAGCAGUGCCGAUGUAUUAUUUUUUGAUACCUUUAAGAAAAUGAAACUAAGUACUAACAUUUUGCAACCUUCUGUAGGAGAUUUGGUCGGAUUUUCAGGAGAGCGGGUUCCGGUCAUGGGUUCAGUGUGGUUACAAACCACACUCGGUGAGCAACCACUUUCCAAAACUCAAGAUAUUCAAUACCUUGUUGUUGAUUGUUUUAGCCCUUAUAAUGUUAUUCUCGGGCGACCUUUCUUAAAUCGAUUUUCUGCAAUUGUUUCUACUGUCCACCUUUGUGUCAAGUUUCCUGUGCAGGACAAUGUUGUUGCCACGGUCCACGGCGACCUACAAGAGGCUCGAUACUGCUAUAACACAAGCCUUAAGCCGAUCAAGAGAAGCAAUGAUCAACGGAUCAACUCCAUUAGCGCCGAACAUCUGAAGUUAGCCGAGUUAGACCCCAGAGCUGACUUCCAAGAUCGUCCUACAGCUAACGAUGAAUUAACAAAGCUCUCCCUCACAGACGAGCCUACAAAAUUCACUUUCAUAGGAACUUCCCUUGAAAGUGAAGAGAGGGAUAAGCUCAUUCGCUUCUUGCGUGAGAACGCCGACUUAUUUGCAUGGACAACAGGGGACAUGCCCGGAAUAGAUCCGUCCGUUAUCACUCACAAAUUGGCUGUUAAUCCUGCAGCCCGACCAAUAUCCCAGAAGAAAAGGAACCUCGGCACCGAGAAAAGAUUAGCCUCCAUGGCCGAGGCCAAAAAGCUGAUCGAUGCAAACUUUAUCCGAGAAAUCAGGUUUACGACUUGGUUAGCCAAUGUCGUCAUGGUAAGGAAAAACAAUGGUAAAUGGCGAAUGUGUGUUGAUUUUACCGACCUUAAUAAAGCAUGCCCCAAAGACGCAUAUCCUUUACCUUCUAUUGACACUUUAGUUGAUAACUCUUGCGGAUAUGGUACCUUGAGUUUUAUGGAUGCUUACUCUGGUUACAACCAGAUUUUCAUGCAUCCAUCAGACCAAGACAAAACAGCUUUUAUUACUGAGUAUGGUAAUUAUUGCUAUAAUGUCAUGCCCUUUGGAUUAAAGAAUGCAGGUGCAACUUACCAAAGACUGAUGAAUAAGGUCUUCGACCAACAGAUAGGACGAAAUAUUGAGGUAUACGUAGAUGAUAUGGUCGCCAAGACAAAAGACGGCCACUCUCACGUCGACGACCUUGCUGAAAUUUUCGGUCAGAUCCGAACUUAUAAUAUGAGGCUUAACCCCGAAAAGUGCGCCUUCGGCGUCCGAGGCGGCAAGUUCCUCGGCUUUAUCCUAACCAACCGAGGAAUUGAGGCGAAUCCGGACAAGUGCCGAGCAAUUCUCAACAUGACCAGUCCAACAAACAUCAAAGAAGUCCAACGACUGACAGGACGCUUAGCAGCAUUAUCUAGAUUUCUGCCCUGUCUAGCAUUUAAGUCUCUGGCAUUUUUUAAAUGUUUACGAAAAAGUACAACUUUUCAAUGGGAUGAAAACUGUGAAAUAGCUUUUCAAAAUUUAAAGAAAUUUCUCUCUGAGCCUCCUGUUUUACAAAAACCCAAACUCGGAGAGCCACUAUACUUGUACUUAUCCGUUACUGACAUGGCAGUUAGUUCUGUUCUUAUUACAGAAAAUGAGAAAGCACAGCAGCCAGUAUAUUUCGUGAGCAAGUCAUUACAGAAUGCCGAGCUUCGAUAUCCGAGGUUGGAAAAGCUCGCUUUUGCACUGGUCUUCUCGGCGCGUCGUCUUCGCCCCUAUUUUCAAAGCCAUACAAUAAACGUCAGAACCUCUCAACCACUCCGACAGAUAUUGGCCAAGCCCGAGCUAGCAGGAAGACUAAUCAAAUGGUCUAUUGAGCUUUCUGAAUUUGACAUUCAGUACGAACCAAGAGGAUCUGUCAAGUCACAAUACCUCGCAGAUUUCAUCGCCGAAUUUACAGGAGAAAGCUCGGACACCGAUAUUUCAACCUGGAGGCUAUUUGUAGAUGGAGCCUCAAACCCACAAGGAUCCGGUGCAGGGAUACUUCUGGAAAAUCCCGAGGGAGUUGUCAUUGAACAUUCUCUUCGAUUUUCCUUCAAGGCCAGCAACAACCAGGCCGAAUACGAAGCCCUAAUCGCUGGGCUCAGGUUAGCAAUAGAACUACAAGCUCUCAACAUACAAGUUUUCUGUGAUUCUCUCCUAGUCGUUCAACAAGUAAAUGAAUGCUUUCAAACAAAAGAUCCAAUUUUGUUAAAAUACCUAGAGAUUGUAAAACAUCUAAUGAAUAGUUUUUCAAAUAUUGAAAUUGCUCACAUAGCUAGAGACCAGAAUCAUAGAGCAGAUGUAUUAUCUAAGCUAGCCACGACCCAAUCACACACUGCUUCAUUGCUACAAUCAACCUUGCAUAUGCCGAGCAUAAAUAUCAUCGGCAUUUUUAACACAGACAGUCAUGAUGGCUGGCAACACCCAUAUAUACAAUAUUUGAAGCAUGGAAAACUCCCCUCGAAUAACCAAGAUUUGAAAAAAUUCAAGAGGCAAGCAUCUUUUUUCACACUGAUAAAUGAUAAACUGUAUCGGCGGGGUUAUUCCCGACCAUUAUUAAAAUGUUUAAACAGGUCAGAGGCCGAUUUAGCUCUAGCCGAAGUUCACGAAGGAAUCUGCGGAACACAUUCCGGCGCAAGAACCCUAGCACAAAAGAUCCUCCGAGCCGGUUUCUACUGGCCGACCAUAUGGGAUGACAGCAAGAAAAAAGUCCGGCAUUGUGACCACUGUCAAAAGCAUGGACCGAGCAUUAAUCUCCCGGCUGAAAAUUUACACCAAUCAAUGGUAAGUUGGCCAUUUAAUCAUUGGGGAAUCGACAUUCUCGGCCCCUUUCCUACAGCUCCGAGACAGGUAAAAUACUUAGUAGUCGCAAUCGAUUAUUUUUCUAAAUGGAUUGAAGCUCAGCCAUUAGCUCGAAUCACAUCAGCACAAAUGAUAUCAUUUGUUUGGCAGAAAAUAAUCUGUAGAUUUGGUAUACCAAGUCAUAUAGUGACUGACAAUGGUCGCCAGUUCAUUGACCAUAAUUUCAAGAAUUUUUUGCAGAAUUUGAAAAUUAAACAGCAUUUCUCAUCAGUUGAGCAUCCCCAGUCUAACGGAUUAGCAGAGGCAGCAAAUAAGAUCAUUUUACAGGCUCUAAAGAAAAAGCUCGACAAUUCCAAGGGACUAUGGGCCGAACUUAUUCCAGAAAUCUUGUGGGGCUACAACACCACAGUACAUUCGUCAACUAAAGAAACACCAUUUCGUCUAGUAUAUGGAUCGGAAGCAAUGAUCCCGGUUGAAAUAUCACAAGGAUCGUUGAGAACAGAAGGAGCCUCCCACGACGAUGCUCGGCGAGCCGAUCUUGAUUUAAUUGAAGAAGUACGUGACAUAGCUGCAAUUCGACAAAAAGCCCUGCAACAACGGCUCGGCCAGAGGCAUAACAGAAGAGUAAAACCAAGGUCUUUUCAAGUCGGCGACUUGGUACUAAGAAAGACCGAGGAGGCUCGGAAACCACCCUCACAUGGUAAGCUUGCAGCAACAUGGGAGUGA